GCGAUGAGAUGCAGCAUGUGGCUGUGGGCAAUAAUCGCGUCCGGGCACAUGGAGGAAGUUGCUCAUCCAUCUUGACGAGUGAACGUGCACAAAAUGAGUGAAUGCAUGUCGUGUUAGCGCAUGUGAAUGCGAUUGUGGUAGACUUGGAAUUAAGCAUCGCGGGAGGGGAGAGGUCUUCGAUGGCGGCUGUCAGCCGUAGCUCCGACGCCCAGCCGAAGAAGCACUGACGUUCAAGAUUCGCAAAACCUCCGCAGCAUUCCUGCACCACCACCUCUCCACCAGUCCAACCCAGUCUCCAUCUCCUCAACGCCUCUCACAGACACCAUGUUCGCUGCCAGGCAAGCUUUCUUCCAGGCCCAGCGCCGCUGCUUCUCGGCCUCGGCCCGCCAGAACUCCAAGGUCACCGUUCUCGGCGCCGCUGGUGGCAUUGGUCAGCCAUUGUCCCUGCUGCUUAAGCUCAACCCCAGGGUUAGCAAGCUCUCCCUCUACGACAUCCGUCUAGCUCCCGGUGUCGCUGCCGACAUUGGCCACAUCAACACCAAGAGCGAGGUCACUGGCCAUGAGGCCACUCCCUCAGGUCUCGCAGACGCCCUCAAGGGUGCUGAGAUCGUCGUCAUCCCCGCUGGUGUUCCCCGCAAGCCCGGCAUGACCCGUGAUGACUUGUUCAACACCAACGCCUCCAUUGUCCGCGACUUGGCCAAGGCCUGCGCCGACCACGCCCCCGAGGCCAACAUCUUGAUCAUCUCCAACCCCGUCAACUCCACCGUCCCCAUCACCGCCGAGGUCUUCAAGUCCAAGGGCGUCUACAACCCCAAGCGCCUCUUCGGUGUCACCACCCUCGACGUCGUCCGUGCCUCGCGCUUCAUCUCCCAGCUGAAGAACACCGAUCCCGCCACCGAGAAUAUCACCGUCAUCGGUGGCCACUCCGGCGCUACCAUCGUUCCCCUCCUCUCCCAGUCCGGAUACAACCUCGAGGGCGAGCAGCUCGCCAACUACAUCCACCGCGUCCAGUUCGGUGGUGACGAGGUUGUCCAGGCCAAGGACGGUGCUGGCUCUGCCACUCUCUCCAUGGCCAUGGCCGGUGCCCGUUUCGCCGAGUCGCUCCUCAAGGCUGCCCAGGGCCAGAAGAACGUCAUCGAGCCCACCUUUGUCGACUCUCCCCUCUUCAAGGACCAGGGCUGCGAGUACUUCUCCACCAACGUCGAGCUUGGCCCCAACGGUGUCGAGAAGAUCCACCCCGUUGGCAAGAUCACCGACCACGAGCAGAAGCUGCUCGACGCCUGCGUCGCUGACCUCGCCAAGAACAUCAAGAAGGGUGUUGAGUGGGUCAAGCAGAACCCAUAAAUCUCCCCAGCGGAUCAUGGGUGUGUACAAUAAUAAUGACGUGAGCUCUGGACUGGGUUUAGUUCUGAUGUCGUGAACUUUGUUCUGUACCUUAGCAUGCCAAAAUCAACUCUUACGCUUCUCUA